AUGUUCAGAUCUAAUUUAAGCCACAAUGAUGAAAACCAAUGGAGAUUUGAAUCUGUUAUCUGCGUAUAUCAACAACUACAGAAAUUACCUCCGGCAUUGUCAUCAACGUUACCAAUUUAUAUUGAAAGACUGAUCAAAGAUGUGAGCCUCACAAACUCCAACCCGGAGAACCUUUUUGAUGGAAAGCCUUAUUACAAGCCACGUCUUACUUACACUCUUCCAAUUAAGUUAUCACCAACUUUACCAGACCGUUAUGGUACUUCUGGUUCUUGCCUUAUGCCGUUGUUAUCUCCCACUUUACCACCGAGGCUAGAAUCCAAAGUAGCCUCUCAUAAACUUAGUGUAGGAACAGACAGGUUACAAACGAGAUGCAAGAAAAUGUCCCACAGAGUCAUGGCUAGCAAAUCAUCGAAGUUAGGAGCUUUAGGAGUUCCAUCCAUUGAUUCCGUGCGAUAUAAAGUGAAAAGCCAGACGAAGAGAGAGCAAAUCGUUUCUCGGAAGCAAAAAGUCAAUCCUAUUCCCGUUCUGGAGUGCAAGAUCAGAGUUAACUAUACGAAACUCGCCCAGUUGUGCCGGCAUCAAAGUGACCUGAAGUUAUUAAAAGGUUCAUCUGAACUCGUGGAAGGUGUUUUGGUUGGUCUUGAUGCAUUACUACUCUUUAGCCGAGCCUACUCCGAUGACAUCUUAGGAGACAACUGGCAAGAAAUGGUUACUUAUGCACACUUCCUGCAGACCAAGACCAGUGACCAAACAAUACACGGGGUCUUGCUUUUGCUUCAAUGCGCAAUGCUAAGGCAUGUCAACAAACUUCUUGUGAUGAAUAAGAACUACAAAUCUGUUGCAGACGAGUAUAUAACGAAUGACUUGAAGGCGGAAGAUCUAUUUCGCAAAGGCAUAAUGCUUGUUCCUAAUUACCAGUUAUCCCAGAUCUCGAAAGGUAAUUUUAAGAUACUAGCACCAUAUCAGUUAAAGAAUGUCCAACAACUUGCAGUCGAAGUAUUGGAAUCGAAGACUACUACAAAGAGAUUGAGCUGGUGCGCGGUAGAGUGA